AACCCGGAGUACUACGGGUUCUCCGACGACCCGGUGCAGGAUGAGUGGAACAUGAAGGUGGCCUUCUUCAUGGGCCUCUCCAUGUGCGUCGUUGUCGGAGGAGUGUUCCUGCACUAUAUACCGGACCUACGGAUGGAGAAGUGGGCUCGAACUGAAGCCAAGCGGCUCAUCAUUCUCCGGGAGGCCCAGGGGCUCCCGCUCAUCAACGAAAACUAUUACGACCCGAGUAAGAUCAUCCUGCCGGCGCCGAGCGACGAGUGACGUCCUGACGGUCG